CCUUUGCCACUCAGGACCAAAACAACUCCGCAUUCAGCUAGCUAAAGUUCACAACAGACAGGAAUCAUUUAGCUACACCGCUAACUUGACAAACCAAACCAACUUCGGGAAUAACUCGUCCAGUCAAAGAUCAUUUGGUCCAACGUUUUUCUUUUUUUUUUUUUUCAACUAAACGCAAAACACGUUGCCGUGCUAACUAGCUAGGUACUGUUAGCCGCGAUGGCAGCAUCCACUCCACUGAUUUCUGCUCCCGUGUUAAGUCAAAAGCAACGCAGAGCUUCCCAGAGGAAAAAGAGAAGAAAACUGAAACGCCAAGCUCUCGCCCAAGCCAGAGAAAGUGGUUUAAAAAAUGGAGCAGGCUAUACACCUGAAGAAGAAGAAGAAGAAGAAAUAAAUGAUGACGAUAAGGAGGGUGACGAUAUUGCUGAGGAGGAAAGACUGCGGCUACAUGAAGAGUGGCUGGAAAGAGAGAGGCUUGCUCAGGAGGAAUUCAGGCUGAGGUCUGAGAGGGAGGAAGCCGCAAGGAAAAGAAAAGAGGAGGAGGAGCGGAUGAUAAAGGAGGAAUGGGAGGCCCAGCAGAGGAGAGAGCAACAAGAAAAAGAGCAGAAGCAGCAGGAGAAACGAGACAGAGAGGAGGCUGUUCACAAAAUGUUGGAUGAAGCUGAAAAUCAGCUAGAAAAUGGAGGACCAUGGAUGAAUCCCGAGGCUCCAGUGACGGCAAAGUCCGAGAACUUUGGGACAGAGCGCGACGCAGCCAACUGUCCGUUCUUCCUUAAGACCGGAGCAUGUCGAUUCGGAGACAGAUGUUCUCGGAAGCACGUUUAUCCCACAGCCAGCCCGACUCUGAUGAUCCGUGGAAUGUUUACGACGUUUGGCAUGGAGGAGUCACGCCGCGAUGAUUACGACAUAGAUGCCUGUUUGGAACACAGCGAGGAGGAGCUACAAGAGUCUUUCCUCGAGUUCUACCACGAUGUCCUGCCAGAGUUCAAGAGUGUCGGCAAGGUGGUUCAGUUCAAGGUCAGCUGCAAUUAUGAACCACACCUGAGAGGAAAUGUGUACAUUCAGUUUGACACAGAGGAGCAGUGUACAGAAGCCUUCAUCAAGUUCAAUGGGAGGUGGUAUGCAGGCCGGCAGCUUCAUUGUGAGAUAUGUCCUGUUACACGGUGGAAGAAUGCUAUAUGUGGAUUGUUUGACAGACAGAAGUGCCACAAAGGGAAGCACUGUAACUUCCUGCAUGUAUUUCGAAACCCUGGCAAUGAAUUCUGGGAGGCCGACAGGGACCUGCACAUGUCACCAGACCGCAGCGUCAGGGGGAGUCGCAGGGACGGGUGGCAUUCAGAGCGAUACGGAGACCGAUCUUGGAGGCAGCGUCACCGCAGCAGAAGCCCACCAAGAUCGGAGAGAUCCCACAGCAGACGAGAGGACAACAGGCGGAGGAGCAGGAGUCGAGAGAGGAGGGCCUCCCACCAGGAUAAAGAGGACAGAUGGUCGUCCAGAUCCAGACACAGCGACAGGAGGAAAGAUAGGUAUCUAAGCAGAAGCAGAGAAAGAUCGAGGAGUAGAAGUAGAGACAGAGAGCAAGACAGGCUGAGAAACAGGAGUACAGAUAGAGACAGGGAGAACAAGUACAGGAAUAGAAGUGAAGAGAGAGACAGUAGAGACAAAGCUGAAGACUCUCACAGAGAAGCGAGAGAAAGGUCAAGAAGCACAAGCAUAGAGAGGGAAAGAGACAAGCAAAGUAGAGAAAGGAGCCCCAAGAAACCAGAUAAAAGUAAGAAAACACCUAAUGAUGAUAUCAACACGCACCACCGCCACAAACACUCCAAAAAGAGCAAGAAGAAGAGCAAGAAGAAGCGUAAGAAGAAAAGCCAUUUGCCUGAAUGGACGACCUCAUCAGGAGAGUCAGAAAAGGAGAAGGAGUCAGAGGAAGAGACGGAGAACCAUUAUGCAGCGAGUCCCGGUGGAGAGAUAAAUGAAACAGAGCUAAUUGUGAAAAACAGUGACGUAGAUGACAGUGCUGAGAAGUUUAGUCCUAAUGUGAAAAGUGAACAGUCUAACACAGAACUACAAAUGAACCUGCUGGAAACGGUGACUUGAGUACUUCUCAGUGGCUUCUUCAUUUUGAUCAUUAUGGUAACUUUGUGAAUGUAUAGGGAGGAAUAAACAUUUAUUUUUCUUUUUUUUAGCAGUGAUACAGUAAGUUAGCACCUGUCCCCAACAUGUGCAUAUGUGAAUAUUUUGCUUUAGGAAAAUGGUGCUUUAAAUUGGAUCUGUGGCACUACAUGGUUUAUAGUUUCUGAGUAAAAAAAAUAUUUAAAAAAAAGAUCAACGCAUGGGUUUAAUUUUUGAAUACAUUUAUUGUUAAU